AUGACUAUUGCUGCAUAUGCGUAUGAAGCUGACAGAGCUAAACGUUUAUAUUUUGGUCAAUACUCUCUCACACUUACUGACAAAUAUAUUGUUAUUUCUGAUGGAAAUACUGAGAAAUACAUAACAUGGAAGGACUAUGAAAAGUUUGACCCUAUUUUAACUCCAUGUACUAUGCCGUUUAUAAAGGACGGUGAAAUUAUUGAAAAAGAUAAUACAACCGUAUAUAGGUCUGUUUAUGAAGCAUUAGAAUAUAUGUUGAAUCAUAACCCAAAAAGAUUUGACCCAAGCACUACACCAUGUCCAAUGCCUUUUAUUAAGGACGGUGAAAUCGUAAGAGUUCCGGAUUCAACGGUUUACACAGCUGUUCAAAACAGUUUACAAAACAUUUUAGCGAAUAUCUUUAAUUCAGAAACUACAGAAAUAAAAUUACCGUAUAUAACAGAUGCUAAAGAAAUUAAAUCAAAAACGACAACAUUAUUUACGUCACUUAAUGAUUUAAUGACUUAUAUCAUUAAUACUCCUUCUCCGACUACAGCAUUUGAUCCAAACUCGACGGUUUGCAGUGUACCUUUCAUAAAGGACAGUUCAGUAAUUGUUUUAAGGGAUUCAACAGUUAAUGAAUCAUUAAAGGCGUCAUUAAUGAAAAUCAUUGAUUUUAAUUCAUUCACGAAUACAUAUAAUUCAUUCAUUAAUGUUUCAUAUGCUUCUAAAGAAGGUGAGCCAAAAACUAUCAAUAAAGCGGUGUAUGAAAUAAAAGCAUCAACGACGAAAUUGAAUUCGUUAACUUUUGAUGGUGAUAGUUUCGUUAAUGACAUAACAUCGGGGAAAACAAUUUUAACGAAAGAAUACUUAAAAUCUCAUGUUAGUGAGUUCGUUGAAAUUGAAAAAGAAGGUGGAAUUAAGUUCGAUCCACUGAAUUUCAUUUUCAGCUUAGCGAAUGCGGGUGUUAG